CGCCUGUUUAAUUCAUGGUUUGCCUUGUUCCUUCACACAGACUCUUAAACAAGUAACAGAAAUUACAAAAAGGUCUAACCCUAAAAAAGAAAUUUUCUUGCUUUCCCUUUUUUUUUUCCCAAUAUUUUUUAUGAGCAAAGCACGUACAAAGAUAUCAGCCCGAUCGACUCGAAUACAACGUCCUUCCCAUAUGCGUCAAAUGCGUCAGCAGACAAAUGUACAAGAAACAAAAGAAGAAGAGAAAAGAGAAGAGACCGACAAUAAAGAAGUGAAAUCAGAAUUCCUUCAAGAGAAAGUACUUGAAGCAGAAGAAAUUGCAAAGCUAAGACAGAGUUCUGAGCAGUUGGUCAAGUUCUUUGGUCAAUUGGGAGAUAAAGUAAAACAGAUGGCAGAUCAAGUUGAAUCCGCAGCUAAUUCAAUGCAAAAUUGGGAACAUGUAUUUAAUACAAUCAAGGAUGUCGGUGUACAUAGUCAUGAAACAUCACUUGUUAAAUUUGAUAUCAAUCAUAGUUCGCCAUUACGUUCAUUUGAUAAACAAUUGUAAAUAUGAUCAUUAUUUAUUGCAUUUGGGCAUUUUCAAUAGAUUGAAUUGUUUGAUUGACUAUGGACAUGGCUGCAUUUAUCCUUUCAAUAGAUUCUGUACAUGUUUGUUUGGUAUCUGGUAUUGUCUCGGUUAAACUCAUGAAAGAAUUCACGACAAAAAGUGUAUUACUUUCGUCAAUAUUAGGCAAAUGAACCUCAUUUAGCUGUUGUUGUUUUUGAUAAAACUUUUGAUGUUGACCCAAGUUGAUAUUUUCCUGUUCUAUAAAAUCCUCCACAUUGAGUGAGUCAAGCUGCCCUUUACUUAGAUUAGUAAGUAUUGCUGCGUAGUUCAAGUCAACAUUAGUCUUGUCAGUAUGACCAUUCAUCUGUAAAAG